UGGUUUAUACUUGCAUUGUAACGUAAAGCCAAAUAUUUAUUCAAACAAUUUACGAAUUCAUAUUAUGCAUUGAUGUAGCAGGUGGGGUUAGUUGACACAGAGAAAGAUAUUUCGGUUAUUGGGUUAUUAUCUUCAAAUUGUGAUGUAUUAGCGUUGCGUAGAUGUUCACCGUUUUGGUGUAUUAAAGUUCGAAUAAAUGUAAUGUAAUUAGAAAUUCAUAUUCCAACUGAUAAGGUCGUUAGAAAUCAACUGUUACUACACGCUUUAUUUAUUUUAAUAAAAAAAAAUAAAUAAAAAAGAACUGUUUAAACACAUACACUGCGAAAUGAUGGCCUUGCCGCAUUUUUUACAACAAAUUUGGAAAUAUAGGUCAACGCUGGUUAUUAUUUUUACUCCUGUAAUGCUACUUCCGUUGCCCCUUCUUGUAACAGGAAAGGAAUUCAUCUGCGGGUAUAUUACUCUUGUUAUGGCAAUAUAUUGGAUAACAGAAGUAAUUCCGCUGGCCGUUACGUCACUAAUUCCACUCAUAGUCUUCCCCUUGACCGGAAUAAUGACCUCAAAGGAAGUCAGCAAGGCAUAUUUCAUAGACACGAACUGGUUGUUUAUUGGAGGCCUAAUGAUUGCGAUUGGAAUGGAAAAUACUGGACUGCAUAAAAGAAUUGCUUUAAGAGCAUUGUUACUCUUUGGAACGAGUCCACAGAGUUUGUUCGCUGGUUUCAUGGUAGCGUCAUUUUUUAUUUCAAUGUGGAUAAGCAAUACUGCUACAGUGGCAAUGAUUCUGCCUGUUGUGAAUGCUCUGAUGGGAGAACUAGAAGAAAGUAAAAUUUCUAUGCUUAGAAAAAAAAGGGCGAACGAAACGGUAGAAGCACCGGGGACCAACCAAAGUAUAAGCGGAUACGAAAACCCAGCUUUAAAUACAGAUGACUUAGAAUCUCGGUCGAAUAAUGGCGAAUCUCAACAAGCAUCGUCGGUUGUUGUAACCCAGGUAAAUAUAAGAUUUGACGCCGAAGAAGAAGCCAAUACAAAGAGAAUGAAGUUGUUGCGAAACGGAGUCACAGUUUGUGUGACAUUUGCGGCAACUAUCGGAGGAUUAUGCACAAUUAUUGGAACGCCUUCAAACUCUGUACUGGUAGCACUAUACGAAGAGUUGUACCCACAGACCACACAAGAUUUGACUUUCGUCGCUUGGAUGAAAUUUGGGGUUCCAGUUGCAUUGGCCUUUCUAGUUCUGACUUAUCUUUGGCUCAUUUGGUUAUAUGUCAAAUCCGGAUUGUGUGGCCUGAAGACUUUAUUUGCUUGCUCUGGUAAAACAGAAGACGAACUGAAUACUGAAUCAGUUAUUAAAAGUGAAUACAAAAAGUUGGGGUCAAUGAGGUGGGAAGAAGGGAUAGUUCUGGUGGUGUUCAUUCUGACUGCACUACUGUGGUUGUUUCGCAAACCUGGCUUUAUAACUGGCUGGGGUCAAAUAUUUGAUGGCAAUGUCUCUGACGGAACUACUGCCAUAACCAUGUCGUUUCUUCUUUUUAUUCUUCCUAGAGAGAGACCAGAAUUUCUUUGCAGGUCACAAGGUAGGCCAAAAAAGUAAGAAGCCAUAAGGCUGUAAAAAUAACCCGGUAGUAGGGCACGGGGUUAUCGUAAGUCUUUAUACAUAUUGUACAGUGGAGGAAGAUGAGACACCUUUUCAUUCUAUUUCUUCGUUUCAUUUGAUAGUAAACAAAGUACAUUUAAUGAG